UCACAGUGGAGGACGCCCAGGGAAACAGGAGAGGGUUUAUUUGCACGGACACGGAGUUCCGGGUUGGAGAUGUCCUACCCUGCGACAAGAAAAUGUGCCGCAGCCCUAAAAACGUCCCCUGGCUAAACCGGAAGUGUCUGAGCUGGGCGCGCAUGCUCGGCCAGAACUUGGGGGGCGGAGAUUGUGGCUAGGGCGGUGCGAGCCGAGGGGCGUCCGCUCCCAAAGCUAGCUGGGUAAAGCCCAAGAUGGCGUCUCCUGCUGUCUGUUCCGCGUGAGCCCCUGCUGAGACUGUGUCCUUUACCUGGUCUUUGAAAUAUACACCUGGUCCCUAUUUUUCUGGCUAGUGCUGGGCCCUGUCGAGGUAGACGGGCGCUAGAGUAAUGGCAGGGAGUCUCCCUUGGGUGGCAAGUAGGAGCCUGUGGGGCUGGAUGCCCUUGGCGUGCAGAAGCUUCUCUCUGGGUGUACCGCUGUUGACCCGUGUGAGGCUUACGCUGCCGCCCCCGAGAGUGGUUGACCGCUGGAACGAGAAGAGGGCUCUGUUUGGUGUCUACGACAACAUCGGGAUCCUGGGGAACUUCGAAAAGCACCCGAAGGAACUGAUCAAGGGCCCGGUAUGGCUUCGAGGCUGGAGAGGAAAUGAGUUGCAGCGCUGUAUCCGAAAGAAGAAAAUGGUUGGAAGCAGAAUGUUCGCCGAGGACCUGCACAACCUCAACAAACGGAUCCGCUAUCUCUACAAACACUUUAACCGGCAUGGGAAGUACCGCUAGAACAGAGAACUGGGAACUCGAGAAGAGAUGCGCUUGUCACCCUGGAGAAGGGGAACAGGACCUAUCCCUGCGAGGAAACGCAGUGUGCUUUCUCUGAUAAAAUGGGCUGUCUUUGGGAUGGGAUAUGCACACUGUGUGUUCCCUCAGUGCUACUUCUGCUCACUCCUGCAGACUCAAGUUUCUCAUUCCUGAGUCGUAAGCUCUUCUGUUAAGAUCUUACUUAUUUACAACCCAAUCAUACUUUACGUCUUAGAAGUACGACAAUUAGAAUCAUUAUUGUUGGCUCUUUCUGACCUUGGCCCUUCAUGUUUGGUGGUUUUUUUUUUUUUUUUUAUGUAAUCUUAGAGACAAAACCCAGGAACGUUGUCAUUCUAGGGAAAUGCUCUGCCACUGAGCUCCCCGGCCCCUUGGAAGUGCAAUGAUGCUGUUGUCUCUAAAGAGUGUGACACCAAAAUGAAGUGGGAAAGUGAAAUUACACUUGUACUGCGCUCAUCAAAAUAAAUGAGGUUAACUUCUCUGAGUAGAGAAGUAUUUCA